AAAAAACUAAGGGCAAAAUAAAACACAGUCAUCAGUCGACUGAUCACGCCGCCCCUCUCCGAUCUCUCUCACCACCACUUUUCACUUACAGUAGCAAACGAACGAUAUUAUUUUGGGAAUUACAUACUCGAUCGGCGAUUUAUCUCUGUUUGAAAAUGAUGAGAGUAUAUCAAUGGCUUCAAUCCCAUCAUCAUCAUCAUCUUUCUGCUGCACUUAUGGCAGUAGCAAUAGUCGUACUAUUACUGUCACCGGCGGCGAUAGUUGCGGUGGAAGAUGAGAAUUCGAAUUCUAGGUCAAUUAUAUCUAGAUUCCAGGAAUACCUGAGAAUCAAUACUGCUCACCCAAACCCCAGCUACAACGAAGCAGCCGAUUUCAUCACCUCCGAAGCCAAGUCCCUCUCAUUGGACUCCCAAAUUUUGGAGUUUGUAAAGGGCAAGCCACUUGUUCUCCUCAAGUGGGCCGGCGAGAACCCUUCUCUCCCAUCUAUCCUCCUCAAUUCCCACACCGACGUCGUGCCUGCUGAGUUCCACAAGUGGGACCACCCCCCUUUCGAUGCCCACCUCGAUCCCUCCUCCGGCCACAUCUACGCCCGUGGCUCUCAAGACAUGAAAUGCGUCGGCCUUCAGUAUCUCGAGGCCAUUCGCAACCUCCAGUCUUCCGGCUUCCGCCCCCUCCGCACUGUCUACCUCUCCUUUGUCCCCGACGAGGAAAUCGGCGGGCACGACGGCGCUGAGAAGUUUGCCGGUUCAGACACUUUCAAGAGUAUGAAUGUUGGUGUUGUGCUGGACGAGGGAUUGGCUUCUCCCACUGAAAAUUACAGGCUGUUCUACGGAGAGAGGUGCCCAUGGUGGCUUGUAUUGAAAGCUACAGGGGCCCCCGGUCACGGUGCUAAACUCUACGACAACACUGCCAUGGAGAAUUUACUCAAGAGCAUCGAGACUGUUCGGAGAUUCAGGGCCGCUCAAUUUGAUUUGGUCAAGGCUGGACACAAGGCUGAAGGAGAGGUCAUUUCUGUUAAUAUGGUCUUCUUGAAAGCUGGAACUCCUUCUCCUACUGGUUUUGUCAUGAAUUUGCAACCAUCAGAAGCUCAAGCAGGUUUUGAUAUCCGGGUCCCACCAACCGCAGAUGUAGUCUCCUUGGAGAGACGAAUUGCAGAGGAAUGGGCACCUGCUACACGUAAUAUGACCUUUGAGUUCAAGCAGAAGGGAUCUAUAUAUGACAAGUUUGGGAAGCAAAUUCUUACAGCCUUUGACAGUUCAAACCCUUGGUGGGUACUUUUAGAAGAUGCAAUAAAAAGUGCCAAUGGUGAACUUGGAAAACCUGAGAUAUUUCCUGCUUCAACAGAUGCUCGCUAUUUCAGGGAACUUGGGUUACCAGCAAUUGGCUUUUCUCCUAUGGCAAACACACCAAUUCUACUUCAUGACCACAACGAGUUCCUGAACAAGAAUGAGUACUUGCGGGGGAUUCACAUUUACGAGUCAAUAAUCAAAGCUUAUGCAUCGUAUGUUGAACCUACGAAAGAUGAAGAUUCCAGGGCGGAGUUGUAAGAAAGGCAAGAAGCUGGAUCAGUAAAGACACCACUGUCACUUAAUUAUAUGAAGACCAGCAAUACUUUUCCCAGUGAAAUUCCAAUUAGGCCCUAAUCAAUUUGUAUAGCUUGUUGGCUGACUACCAUUUGGACUCUCAAAGUCUCCUUAUAAUACAGUGGCCGCCUAGUUUUAUUAAAUUAUUAUUAGAAUUUGGAUAUUUUCCCCACAUUUCAAUAAUUUAGUGUAUUUGAUCGUGAAAAAGUUUUUUGGACUUUUCACCAAUUUUAUUCAAAAUGUGUAUACUGUAUAGUAUACAGCUUUUGGUGAUUUUAA